AUGCUUCAGGCCGGAGUGAAGUUAAUUGUAACCGGAGAUGACUUUGGCUACUGCCCAAGGAGGAACCAAGGAAUGGUGGAGUGUUUCCUGGCUGGAGCAGUUUCCAAUGUUUCCCUUCUGGUCAAUGGCAGUGCUGCGCCAGAUGCAGCACAACUGGCAAGAAGGCAUAACAUUCCAAUAGGUCUGCACGCCAACCUGUCCGAGGGCUCUCCUGUCUGCACGGCACUCAAGAAGAACUCCUCCCUGCUCAACAAAGACGGAUUCUUCCACGGAAAGAUGGGAUUCAGGACGGUUCUAGCAAAAGGUCUCCUGAAAAUGUCAGAGGUGAAACAGGAGCUAACGGCACAAGUUGACCUCUUUCGUGAAUUGACAGGUCAUGUCCCUCAUCACAUGGACGGACACCAGCAUGUUCAUGUUCUCCCAGAGGUUAGACAUGUGUUUGCACAGGUGUUAGAAGAGUAUGGGAUCAAGUAUACACGUGUGCCGAUAGAACUAGGCCUUCACAGCUGUGCGUGGAUAGAGCCACCUCUAAUGGACUUUUAUCUGGGAGUAGAAAAAGAUUCCCUUGACACAGUAGAUGUGUUUACAAGACAUGGAAUAAGGUGGGCUGACAUUUAUAUAGGUUUGAGUACCAUGGGCAAAAACAUGUCUGUCAGCAACAUUCAGAGCGCCAUUGAUACUGCCGUGGCGGCUUUUGCUACCAAGGAAAACUCUCUGAUGACUCAAUUUUCACCUCAACAUCAGCAAAGCAGAACAGUCACAAUUGAACUGAUGGUACAUCCGGGGUACCCCACUAUUCCACCUGUUGGAGGCUGUGGAGAAGGACCAGAUGAUUUUUCACAGUCAUGGGAACGCUUGCAUGAACUCCAAACAUUAAUGAAUCCAGAGUUGCAAAGCUAUUACAAAACAAGGAACAUUCAACUUUGUGCAUUUAAAAAUCUUUAA